GUACCAGCAGGAACAUUUUUAGCAAUUUUAGGUACUAGUGGUUCUGGUAAAACAACAUUUUUAAAUACUAUUUCAGGUAGAAGUGAGGACUAUAUUGUUGGUGGUGAAAUUUUUUUUAAUGGACAUGAGGUUUCGAAAGAAGAAAUUAAAAAAACAGUGGGAUAUGUAUUGCAAAGUGAUCAAUUAUUACCAACUCUAACAGUACGUGAAACAUUACAAUAUGCAGGACUUUUAAGACUACCAGAACAUUUUACAAAAGAAAGAAAAUUGGAAAUUGUAGAAGAAAUUAUUGGUGAACUAGCACUUCGUGAAUGUAGCAAUCGUUUGGUUGGUGGAUUUGGUAAAAAACGUGGUAUUUCUGGUGGUGAAAUGCGUCGUGUCAGUAUAGGUGUACAAAUGUUAUCCAAUCCAGGUGUAAUUUAUUUAGAUGAGCCUACUUCAGGUUUGGAUUCUUUUUCAGCAGCCAAUUUAGUUCAAACUCUUUUGUCUUUAUCAAGAUCAAAUAAUAAAAGUGUAAUUAUGACUAUUCACCAACCUAAAAAUGAUAUCUUCAAACUUUUUGAUAGAAUUUUAUUAUUAUCAAAAGGUAACAUUGUUUAUUAUGGUCCCACCAAAGAUAUUGUUGGUCACUUUGCAUCAUUAGGUUAUGAUUGUCCAUACGAUUCAAACCCAGCAGACUAUAUUUUAGAUUUAAUUACUGUAAAUUUGCAAAAUGAAAAGAUUCAAGAAGAGUCAAAUAAUAGAUUAAAAUAUUUAAUAGAAGGUUAUAGAAACUCAAAGAUUAAACAACAAAUUCAAUCAAUUGAUAAUAAUAGUGAUGAGAAUAAUAGUAAUAUUAACAGUCUAGACAAUGAUAAGCUCUCAAUAGAUAAUAAAGGUACAGAUAAAAAAGAAAAAAAAGAAAAAAAAGAAUUUAAAAUCGAAAAUCGUAACACAUCAUUACUUUUACAAACUUAUUUAUUAACAAAGAGGUCUUUAUUACACAUUGCAAGAGAUAAAACUUUAUUAGCAGCAAGAAUGAUCGAAACCGUUUUAAUGGCGUUAAUAUGUGGGGGUAUUUUCUAUCAGUUAGGUGUAGAUUUGGUCGGCAUCAAUAGCAGAGUAUCAUGCUUUUACGUAAUUACAAUUUUACAGCCAUAUUUAAUUAUUAUUGCAACUAUUCUCCAGUAUAGCGAAGAAUUAUUAGUGUUUGAUAGAGAACAUUACGAUCAGAUGUAUAGUAGUUAUAGCUAUUGGUUCGCAACUAAAAUUAGCAACCUCCCUUUUGAAGUAUUAUCAUCGCUUAUUUUCAGUUGUAUUUUCUAUUGGAUGGCAGAUCUAAGACCAGCAGCCACAAAUUUCUUUUGGUUCUUUUUAACUUUAACAUUGGUACAAUAUGCCAGUGCGUCCAUUGGUAUGAUGUCAACAUCUUUUAUAAGACAGUUUGCAGGUGCUUCUCUUAUGGCCAAUCUUUUUAUGACUUUUUGGAGUAUUUCAGCUGGUUUCCUUUUAAAUCCAAGCACAUUCCCAUUUUAUAUUAAUUGGAUCAGCUAUACCAGUAUCUAUCAAUAUUCAUUCGGUGCAAUGGCAGCUAAUGAACUAAUAGGCAAUCAAUAUCCAUGUCCAUUCGAAGAAAAUGAUAUUCAAUGUUUACUUUAUAAUGGCGAUCAAAUUCUCAGUAGACUAACAUUAAAAUCAAAUAAUGUAAGAAACAACUGUCUUAUUCUCUUCACAAUUAUAGUUUGUUUAAAUUUAAUUUCAUUCUUAGCUUUAAGAUUCAUAAAACAUAAGCCCAAAUAA